UCGAGGAGAUCAAGACAAAUUCUCUCGGAAUUACCAAGAACGCAAGCAACGGAAGAAAUGUUUGCAAAAUGGCUCAUUGCGGCUUCGAUCGCACUUUGCAGCUCGACGACGGUGUUUGCGGACAAUCCCUGUCUUAAGGGGCCACCGGUUGCCAAGAAUGCUGGCGAAUGCUGCGUGACACCGUCGCUGGUCGAACCGAGUGCAUUUAUGACGUGCCAUUCGAAGUGGAUCGGCCAAACCAAGCGUCAGAUGGCAAUGGAAGGUAUUCCGAGAGGUUGCUGUGUGGCUGAAUGCGUGAUGAACCAAACGGGAUUGUACGCCGACGGAAAGAUUGAUCGAGCGGCGUUGACGGAGCUGUAUCUUGGUUCGGCCAAACCGCUGGCACCGGAGUGGAAACAGAUUACGCUCGACGCUAUCGAUGGUUGCUUCAAGAUGGCUGAUUCGAUCAAGGAGGAAAUUGAUGCCGGUGCACGGCUUACGCCAGCCUUCGAUGGUGAGCAGAUUUGUCAUCCGAUUUCCGGCACUAUCCUGGCGUGCAUGGGUAUGACGCUGUUUGCCGAGUGUCCGGCCAAGCUGUUUACUGUUAACGAUGCCUGCAAUCAGCUCAAGAGCUACCACAGCAAGUGUCCGUUUUUGUGAGUGGAGAGCCAAAGCGAGGCAAUCCGUUUGCAACAUUUUCUAACUGAUUUGAUAUUGAUUUGCUUAUGAAAUAUAUAUUAUGCACGGGUGCACUGC